AUGCCCUUCGCUUUGCCGUUCCGCGCGCGCGUCCGCCUGUUCCAGGAGAAGGUGUGCCCCGACGGCCAGUCGAACGCGCGCGCGGAGGAGAUCCGCUUCUUCGACGCGUCGUCGCCGCGGCCGACGGACAAGACGAUCGUGCGCGUCCGGCGGAGCCACGUGUUAGACGACGGCCUGGACCGCAUCGCGGGCCUCUCGCCGGCGGCGCUGAAAGGCCGGUUGUCGGUCGCGUUCGUCGACGACUGGGGCCGCGCGGAGGCGGGCAUCGACGCGGGCGGGCUGUUCAAGGAGUUCUGGACGGAGCUGAGCGGCGCGGCGUUCUCCAUGGACUUUGGGCUCUUCAAGACGACGGCGCACGACGGGUUGCUGUUUCCGAACCCGGAUUCCGCGUUCGUCCACGGCGAGCGCGACCACCUGCGCCUCUUCCACUUUCUUGGGCGGGUGCUGGGCAAGGCGCUGCGCGAGGGCAUCACGAUCCAGCCGCGGUUCACGCGGAGCUUCCUGUCGUUCGUGCGGGGCGACUUCAACUACGUCACGCUGCUCGAGGACCUGAAGUCGCUGGACCCGGACCUCCACCGGAACUUGAAGUUUUUGCAGCUCUACGACGGCGACGUCGCGGAUCUCGGGCUGGACUUCUCCGUGUCCUUCGAUCGUUUCGGCGAGUGCGUGACGGCGAAUUUGAUACCGAACGGCGCCGACGUCGAGGUCACGCGCGCGAACCGCCACGCGUACGUCCAGGCCGUCGCCAAGUUCCACAUGGUCGACCGCCUCGACGCGCAGUCCCGGGCCUUCGUCGGUGGUCUAGGCGACGUCGUCGACCUGGCGCUGCUGCGCCGCUUCUCGGAGCCGGAGCUCCAGCUGCUGAUCUCGGGCGCGGAGGACGCGGUCGACGUCGACGACCUCAAGGCCCACGCGCGGUACGAGGGCUACCUGCCCGGCGACAAGCACGUGAAGCGCUUCUGGGCCGCGCUCCGGAGCCUGCGGCCCGCGGACCGCGCCGCGCUGCUCAAGUUCGUCACCGCGUGCGAGCGCGCGCCGCCGCUGGGCUUCGCCGCGCUCGCGCCGCCCUUCACGAUCCGCAAGGUGCCCAUCCUGCGCGACGCGGACAAGCUCCCGACGGCGUCGACCUGCUUCAACGUCCUGAAGCUGCCGACCUACUCGUCCGAGGCCGUGCUGCGCGCGCGGCUCCUCACGUCCGUCCACUCGGGCGCGGGCUUCGACCUGAGCUAA